AUGGCGAAGGCCCUGAAGCAUCCUGCUUCGAAGCCAAAGUCAAAGGACUCCCUAAUGCAAGCCCUCUUUACUCCAGACUCUGGACCGGUGGCUUUUCCGCUACUACAGGGUCUGCAAGAGAUUAUAUUGGCAGCUUGGGUUCACCCAGCAUCAACAGCACCAUCUGCUAGACGUCUCAAGGGCCUUUAUGGGUUUAUAGACUCUGGCUGUUCUUUUCAAUUUCAUCACCUCAAGCCAAAUUCCUUUAUUUCAGAAGUUAUAUUGGCUCGCCCCCGCUAUGGGUUGUGUACCUCGCCUAAUGACAAGGAAGGCCGUAAACUCGAUGCCUUGGGCCGCAAGAUUUACUCGUCAGGGGCUAUGGGCCUUCGGGUGAUGGGCUUGUACAAUCAAUUGCUCUGGGGAAAACUGCUGCCCUAUAUACAAGCAUUACCCCAGAAAAAACAAGUGCUGGCUAAGGCUAUUGCCGAGGAGGGUGCUGUAUAUGAUGUAAGCCAUUAUAAUGCUUUGCUUAAAGUCUACCUUCAGAACGAACACACAUUCUCUCCAACUGAAUUCUUAACAAAAAUGGAAGAAGCUAAUAUUCAGCCCAAUCGAGUCACGUACCAGCGACUGAUUGCUGCCUAUUGCAGUAAGGGAGAUCUUGAUGGUGCCAGCCAGAUUCUUGGUUUUAUGAAGAGCAAAGACCUACCAAUCACAGAAUCUGUGUUCAGCACACUUGUGACAGGCCAUGCAAGAUCUGGCGAUAUGGAUAAUGCAGAAAAUAUCCUUUCUGUGAUGAAAGAUGCUGGAAUUGAACCUGGUCCGGACACUUAUGUCACAUUACUGAAUGCAUAUGCGGAGAAAGGUGACAUAAACAAAAUUGAAGAGACCCUGGAAAAGAUUGAAAAGGCUGAUAAUUACCUUUUGGACAGGGACUUGAUGGACAUCAUCUUUACUCUUGCUAAGGCUGGGUAUCCUCAGUAUGUACAAAAUAUUUUGGAGAAGAUGCGAUAUGACAGGGGAUACAUUCCAGAUGCCAUGAAUCUUAGUCUCAACUUAGUUACACAAGGCUUAGAAGACACAGCGUUUCAAGUUCUGAAGUCAUUUCCUACAUCGUCAUUAGAAACACAGAAUGGAGAUGAUCUAGACCGUGGCAACUUCUUCUUACGGCAUUGUGUAAAUAUGGGAAAGCCAGCAGCAAAGCUGAAACAAUUUUGCGAUGAGUUGAAAGCAGCCAGUCUUCAUACUGCACCCCUACAGUUUGCUCUGCAUACUGCGUUGGAGUUAAAGAAAGAUGCUCUUGCAGUUGACCUGAUGAAGAUAAUGAAAAAAGAAGGCUUCCCUGUCAGACCUCACUAUUUCUGGCCAUUGCUGGCUGAACACCAAAAAGAGAAAAAUGUUCAAGGUACAGUUGGAAUCCUCAAAGCAAUGCAUGAAAUGCAGAUAGAGCCUGACGUGGAAACGUAUGCAGACUAUGUUCUGACAAAUUUUGAUGAUUUCAGCUCUUUGAGUAAUUUGCUAAAGGAAGAAGGUUGCCCCGUACAGACUAAGGCACUCUCUGCAUUAGAAAUCAGGCAUGAAGCUGCCAGUGGAAGCCUGGAUAAAGUCCUUGCAUUAUUGUCUUCAGCAGAUAUGCCAUCUGUGGAUCUUGUUCAGUUCAGAGGUAGCCUUGUACAAGGAUUCAGAAGGUCUAAUGAUGUAGAUCUUUGGAGCCGGAUAACAGAACUGUUGUACAAAGAUGGACGUUAUUGCCAGACGCCUCCAGGACCAACUGAAGCUGUUGGCUAUUUUCUUUAUAGCUUGAUUGACAGCAUGAGUGACUCAGAGGUACAGGCCAAGGAGGAGCGGUUGAGACAAUACUUCCAUCAGCUGAAGAAGAUGAAUAUAGUAAUCCCUCCCAACAUCUUCAGAGGUAUUCGCAACUUACUGGACAGCUGCCAUGUUCCCGAAUUAAUUAAGGAUGCAGUUUUAUUGACUGAUAGAGAAAAGCUUUCACAAGGUGGUAUAGCAAAAUAUGUAGGACUUUCAGUGACUGAGUUGGAGGAAAAGCUUACACAGCUUAAAGCUGAGAACCAGCCUGUUGGAGAUAUUCUAAAGCAGCUCAUAUUUGAUCUUUGUUCAGAAGAGAAUAUGCAGAAAGCCCUUGAACUGAAAGCCAGAUAUGAAUCGGACAUGGUUGUUGGUGGCUAUGCCGCCUUAAUAAAUUUGUGCUGUCGACAUGAUAAUGCAGAAGAGGCAAUGAACCUGAAAGAAGAACUCUACCGUAAAGAUUCAUCUGCUGUUCUUGAUGCAACAAAGUAUGUAGCUUUGGUGAAAGUUUUGGUGAAAUGUGGCAGACUGGAAGAUGCUAUUAACGUUUUAAAGGAGAUGAAAGAGAAGGAUGUCCCUAUUAAAGAUACAACUGUCACAUCUUUUUUCCACCUCCUUAAUGGUGUGGCCUUGCGAGGUGAUGUUGAAACAUUGAAUCAGCUGCAUGAGUCCAUUGUGGCCCUGGGUUUAGCAAAGUCUACAGGAAACCUGUGUUCUCCCUUCAUUACUGUUCAUCUUGAAAAGGAUGAUUUACCAGCAGCUGUGGAAUCUCUUUUUGACUGCUGUAAGAAGUAUGGCCAUCUCCCUAGGCUUCAUGAUAUCUUGUGUAGGUUGAUAGAGAAGGGAGACACUGAACUCUUACAGAAAGUUAUGGAUUUCAUGAGCCAAGAACGAGGUGAAAUGAUGAUGCUGUAUGAUCUCUUCUUUGCCUUCUUGAAUACUGGCAAAUACAAAGAAGCCAAGAAGAUCAUUGAGACUCCUGGCUUGAGAGCUCGUCCAGGUCGGCUGCGGUGGUUUGCAGAUAAGUGUAUUGCGAAUAAUAAUGUUGAAGCCAUGGAGAGCAUGGUGGAAUUGACUCAAAAGCUGUUUGAGUGUGAUAGAGAUGAGAUGUAUUACUGUCAGUUAAAAUUAUGCAAGCAAAACAAUGAUGGGCAAAGGGCUGAUGCCAUUUGGACUAAAAUGCAAGAAGAAAAUGUCAUCCCACGUGAAAGAACCAUGAGAUUACUAGCAGAUAUUCUUAAAAUGAAUAAUCAGGAAGUUCCUUUUGAUAUGCCCGAGGUUUGGUACAAUAAGGAUGUCUAUCCUGCCCUUUCUUCCUCUUCUCAGUCUUCUGAACUGUCUUCUGAACCUCAAAAGAAAAUAUUCAUACUCUGCAAAAAGGGUGAAGCUGAAGAAGCAUACAACGUUUUACUAGAGGCACAAAAGAAGGGUAUUAUGCUUGAUUCCCUUGGUUAUUCAGUCCUUAUAAGAACGCUGCUGAGUGAGGGUUGUCUUGAAAAAGCCCUCCAAGUAAAAAACAUCGCCGAGACCCACAUCAAGGGCUUCGUGCUGAACGAUGCUGCCAGCAGCCUCCUCAUCAUAACGCAAGUUAGGCGGGAUUAUUUGAAAGAUGCAGUGUCUUCUCUCAAGACCCUUCUUGAAAGUGGCAAAGUGCCCAGUCGACUUGCAGUUACGCGUCUUGUUCAGACUUUGGCUCAGAAGGGAGAUCUGGAAAGCAUACGCGCAGUUGAGAAGAUGAUAGGAAGCUUCAGCAGUUCUAUUAAAUUGUCACCUAUGCUUUUCAUCAAUAACACAGUGUUGGCUCACAUCAAAAAUAAUAACCUUGAUGGUGCCAUGGAAUACCUUGAGACUCUUUUUACCUCUGGAGAGCUGAAGUCCGAAUCAUCAAGUUCAAGCAUUGCCUUUGUCUUUAGAAAGUUGAUUGAAGAAAAAGUGGAACCAGCUUUGGAGAGAUUGAGUGCCAUGGCUGAACGAUUUGCUAAUCAGUUUGGAAUGUACAGGCCUGUCACAGACCUUUUCCUUCAGUAUAUCAGUGCAGGAAGAGUAGAUGAUGCCAGAUUUCUACUAGAGAGAUGCAGUGCAAUAAGUGAACAAAAGAGGAAUCUGGUGGCUUUCAUUGCUCAGGCAUCCCAGCAACCAGGACAGGUUCAUAAAAUCAUGACAUUGUUAGAACUGAUUCCUGACUUUCCAGAUAUGAAAGUUGUAUACACUUUCCUCAUGAGAAGUUAUGCAUUAGACGGGGAUGUUGCUUCAGCAAAAGCUCUGUAUGAGAAAAUGAAAGCAGAGGAAUUGCACCCAGACGAGUUGUUCUUGAAACGCUUGGCCGUCCUCCUGAAAAACGCUGGAGAGCCUGUUCCUUUCACGGAGCCCCCUGAGAGCUUCAAAUUCUAUGCAGAGAAACUACGGAAAGAACAAGAAGAACAUUCAUCAGAUGAAGAUUAACUUUUUUAUACACUAGUUGCUGCUGUUAAUAUUGUCACUGUGAGAGACUGUAUUAAAUAAUGUGUUGUUGAGAAAAAAUAAAAUUGAAAAUAGGACUUUUCAAUGUAAUAUACCUGACGUGUCUAAAAUUGAGUCCUGAAUUUCUUGCUAUUUCUAAGUCUUGUGGAUCUUGCUGGACAUAGCAGCAUGAUGGUAGCAAAGUAUUCCCUUCAUACAUGGCUGUGUGUGACACGUGUAAACUUUCAUUACCAGUGCGGGGACACACCAAACAAUUCGAGCUCUGUUCUAAGGAAUCCCAAAUUCCAUACUUCCUGAGUAUUUUCUUCCAAAAAAUUUUGGAUACAUAUACUUUCACCAGUUGCUUCCAAGAUUCAGAAUUCGUUUGACAAGAACCAGUUGAAUAAUGGUAAGAGGUGAGGACAUGGGCUUUGGGCAUAGUGACAAAUAAUUUAGUCACGGUGCAGAGAUACACUUCUAAGUACACUUUUCCUGGAUGAUUUCUGGUGAAAUAAGGCUCUUUAAGAUUUAAAACAGACUUGUGUAUUCUGCCAGGUUCACCACACCUGCUAACAUAGGUGCAGAAUAUAUUCAGCCACAAACUAUUCGGGGGUUUCCUUUUUUAUGAGCUUGAUCUUCAUUCCUAAAUAGGGAAAUGUAUUCCUAAUUAGGAAAAUGCCUGUACAUUUUGUCAUGUUAAAACUCUGGACACCAAAGGAUGUCAUAACCUUCAGGCUUCAAGCAAGUUUUAAUUAAGCUGUACAUUUUCUCAUGAAAACAUGUGUUUCCUAGCAUAUGCUUUUCAUCAACUCCAUAAUUUUGCAGUCCAUUGAAGUGCGCUCUUGUGUUUCUUUUCCUUUGUAAAUGUAGCACACAAAAUGGGGAAAUAGUAUGCAAUACUGGAUAAUUUAGUCACCUUAUCUUGCCUUUUGUUGUCUUUGUCAAGCCUUUGGGCUAUAAGUCAUACGUACAUUUUUAGUGAUCACUAUGGAAUGACAUUUGCACAUAGCAGGUGUAAAUUAAUCGCAAACAAAUAAACUUGCAAAAGGAUCCAUGAUUAAUAAGA